AUGAGCACAAGGUUUAACGAUAGCAUGCUUGGCAAGCAAUCUCUGGAGCUGUUGUUUAAGUCGCCGGUGACGAAUGACAUGAUCCAAUUCUUGACCGAUGAGACGUUGAGGGUCUUUCCCUCGAGUAAAACCGAAGAUUUCAAGGCAGGGUAUCCUAGCCCACCUCAUUCGCCAGUUGAAGCUACUCCUAAAAGUAAUACUGACAAAUUGCCUAGCCUGAUGACAUUCAUGACAAAACUUGUACGAUACACUAAUGUUUAUACAGCAACUCUACUCACGUCAGUGGUAUAUCUAAACAAAUUGAAGGCUUUACUUCCACCCGAUGUCACGUGCAUUCCUUCUACGGCUCAUCGGGUCUUCCUUGCAUGUUUGAUUCUCAGCGCUAAGUUUCACAACGACUCGUCGCCCAUGAACAAGCACUGGACUAAGUACACAGAUGGUCUCUUUACAGUUGAAGAUGUGAAUCUUAUGGAGAGACAGCUGCUGAAACUAUUUAACUGGGAUAUCAGAAUACGCUACAAGGACCUACAGGAGAACUUAUACUGCCUGCUGGAACCAAUCAAGCAGGACCUGAUUAGAUCUUGCAAACUAGAGCAGUAUAGAACAAAUAAUACCCCAUACCCAUCCCCAGUUUCCAGCUGUGGGCCGCUAAAACUGCCCAUCAGCUACAGCAUUAAGUCACGUGACCUGUCGCGGUACGCCACCUCAAAACAUGAGAGUGCAGCAGUAAAAGGAACCAUUAGCUCAUCGUCGAGUUCCAGUACGCUGGUCAAUUCCGCUAGUCAUAAUACCCUAUUACCGUCAUACCUGUCUUGUAGUACACUAAAUCAUUCCGCCAGCAUGCGUACCCUUCAGAUACCAGAAAAGGGUUAUGAACACCAUUUACAAACAGAAUAUUUCUAA